AUCAACCCUAUCCUCAGCCUCUCGCUUCUUUCCCCUUGUCCGUCGAUUCCAACAGAAGGAGAGAUUUUUCCUGUCAGCGCCCUUUGUUCGAUAAAACUAUAUACUGCGAGGAAAUCUCCGUACUCGACUGUCUGUGCGCCCUGCGCGAUAGGAACCUCCGUCUUAGAUGGCUCCACAUAGCUCAUACACCCUCUGCUUCGAAAUAUUUUUCAACGUUUAAACGCAUUUUGCCUUUGAACAUAAGCGUUCUUUUUCCGUUUAUUCGUAAUUUGAAUAUUUUCGGCAUGUGAAACAGCUCGUAAAACAUUGUGUCAUAGUCAGUACAGACAACGGCACAUCAACAGAGAAGGAACACCUGCACUGAAAUCAAACCUUCCGCUGAACCGAGUCCGGUACACAUUCCUGAGGACUUGACUGACGGACAACGGCUUCCACGUACCUCUGCCCUUAAAAAGGUAUAGGAUGGUGGGUGUGGUCCAGGAGGUGGCAGCUGUAGUACCGAUGUUUCUGGCCAUGUUCCUGCUGCACUCAGUGGGGCUUGGCGGCAGCGUAGCGGACGCGCAGGUGGACACGCACAGGGUGACGCACCAGCCCGUGUCGGAGCAGCUGGCGGGCGACGCCCUUCUGCCCUGCGCCCUCACCCUCCCGCCCGGCAGCGCCUCUGGCGACGCCCCCGGGGUCAGGUGGACCAAGGUCUGGGGAGGGGAUGGCGGCAUCCAGCAGGAGCAGUUGGUGCUGGUUGCCAAGGGCGACCUCAUGGAGGUCACGAAGGCCUUCCAGGGUCGGGUGGCCCUCCCCGGUUACCGUGACGACCGUUCCAACGCCAGCCUCGCUCUGACCGGCCUGCGCUCCAGUGACUCGGGUGUUUACCGCUGUGAGGUCGCGCUGGGCGUCGCUGUGGAACAUGACACAGUGCCCCUGGAGGUCAUAGGAUUGGUAUUCCAUUACCGCUCGCCCCAAGACCGCUACACCCUCUCCUUCCUGGACGCCCGGCGAGCCUGCCUGGAGAACUCGGCCCUGAUAGCCACACCCUCUCAGCUGCAGGCUGCAUUUGCUGAUGGAUACGAGCACUGUGACCCUGGCUGGCUUUCAGACCAGACAGUCAGGUACCCAAUCCAGUCACCGAGGCCCGGUUGCUAUGGAGACAGGGAAGACUCACCUGGAGUGAGGAAUUACGGCCGCAGGGAUGCCGACGAGCUGUUUGACGCGUACUGCUUCGCCGGGCAGCUGCAAGGCCAGGUGUUCCACUCCAGCGUGCCGGAGAAGCUGACCCUGGCCUCGGCCUCCGCUCACUGCCAGUCCCUGGGCGGGCGGCUGGCCACCGCCGGGCAGCUCAUCCUGGCCUGGCAGGCCGGGUUGGACCAGUGCGACCCGGGCUGGCUGGCUGACGGCAGCGUGCGGUACCCCAUCAACCAGCCCCGUCCGGAAUGCGGAGGGGAUAAAGCAGGAGUUCGCACCCUCUACCGUAACCCCAAUGGGACCGGCUACCAUGAUCCCACCACCCUCUUUGAUGCCUACUGCUACAGGGAAAUGCAGGCACCAGUUCAGGAGACACAAUCUGUGAGUUUCCUUCAGUUGAGUGCCACAGAGAGCAAGCAGACACCGGGUCUCGACUCCCGGGGGGAAGAGCCCUCACACCUGCCCCAGGCCCAUCCGUCUGCCUGGCCCGGCCCGGCUGACCUGCAGAAGAAAAGAGUCCACUCCAUGGCAGCUAACAUGUUACCAGACAUGUCUGGGGAGAACGUACCGAUCCAGCCCAGGUCAGGAGGGUCCUCCAUGGGCAGGGGUGACGCGCUGGCCCCAGUCUCUGGCGGACCUUGGGGACCUGCGUUUUCACAGCGGCCGGACGGUCAAGGGGGCUCGGCCAGAGAGGAAGAGGCAGAUGAGGAAGAGGAGGACGAGGGGCCGGGGGAGCAGCCCGUCUCUCAUGCGCCCUCUGCCUCCCCUCAGGCCCGAAUCAGCAAUGGCCAGCUAUCUGGAUUCAGGAACUCUCCCAUGAGUCCCUGGAAGUACUGGACUGGUUCCAGUGACACAGGCGUCCCGUCUGCUACCCCAGGCCCAAUUAGGCUGAGCAAGGGCCCGCUGGGGCCAGAAGGAACCCUUCCAUGGGGGCAGCUGGAGGUCAGCAAAGCCAACUCCAGAAACACUGUCUUGGGGCAUGUGAGGGGAGGGGUCCCACUCCAGCCAUUGGACGGUGGCCUGGCGAGCCCAAAUGAGGCGCUCUUUGAGAAGGAGGGGGAAGUCAUCUCGAAGCUGAAAUCCAAUGACUCGGCUGCAGAACCAACCCGGAUCAGCUCCAGCGGAGGCCCAACCAGCUCCCCGUCAUCACUAAAGACAGAUCUACUUCAAGGACCCGUAGGCCUAGGAGGUGCGUGGAUGGUAAAACCGACUCUGGUCAGUCGUAAAUCGCCCGGGUCCUCUGAGGCAGAUAGUGCACCUGGCAGCCCAGAUGAACGGGCACGCCAGCCUACGACCACACCCAAAACAGGCUCGGCUGCCUCCGUAAGCAGGUGGGCCACUGACUCUCAGACUGCCCGGCCAAAAGGUGUCACAUCACCUGGUGUUGCCUCAUCAGGAGGCAAGCCAUCUGGUCCGGGAGAUGCCACGCUGGGAGAGGUGCUAGCUGCAGCCCCCUCUGGCCAGCGUGAAGAUCGGGUGAGCUCAGAGCUGGUCCCCAAGGCUACGGCAGGGUCAGCGGAUCUCCCAGUGACUCCCUCAUAUAAAGAAAACCUGGAGAAUUACUCAGGGCAAAGCAGAGAGAAAGAGGAAGGGCAAGGCUAUCCCCGUCCCUUCCCGAAAAGGCUUCUCUCGAACCGGCAGCCGCCUCGGUCCGCUUCGGAAAAGGAGGCAGAGGGAAGCGGAGGAAGGGAGGUUCUGAGUGGAUCGGCCUCUGGGGGUCAGCUGUCACCUACUGACUCUGGUACCACUUCAGAACUUCCUAGUUUGGGACAUGUGACCUCUGGACCCACUGGUCAGCCAGUCACCAUCCAGCACUCCUCUGAAGAACAACCUAUCACAUCAUCCAGGGAUCCUGCCGGCUCCUUUUGGCCAGAGGAAUCUGGGGCUUCCUAUCACCCCAGCAACCACGGCGAUCCAAAACUCAGAACUAGUUCGCCCAGCAGAGGUGGGCUCCAGGGAGAGACAGGCACUCCACCAACAGCACAGAUCAAAGAGAAGCAGAGCCCAAGUGACCCCAAAGCUCCUGCUACCAGCGCUCAACCCCCAGGCGCGGCCACUGCACUGCCUCCUGUGGAACCCUUCCUGGCCACCUCAAGACCCCCCAGAGCAGAUUCUGGGCUACAAGGACGCUUCCUCACCAUGGAAACUGGCUCUCUGUCACAGACUGGCAGAGAACAGCCUGCCUCUAGCCCGUGGCCCCCAGCAAAGAGGGAAGAAGCAUUUGCCGCCAACGAACCUUUGAAGAGUGUCUCAGAAACAUCACAACAGACAGCUCAGGCAUCGUCUCUCGCGGUAGGCCAAAGCAGGAGCCCCGCCCCCGAAAGUCAGUCCGCUUUGGCCGCAACCGAUGAGCCCGCCGGAGGUCGGCAGCUCGAUGCCCCCGGAGAGGGGGGCGCCCACAGCCUUGAGCACAGAUGGAACAAUGGCUCCCAAAACUCCACCCCCGAUAUCGACGCCUGCCAUUCGAACCCCUGUCAGAACGGAGGCACCUGCAUCGCCAAGACCGAGUCCUUCUAUUGCCUCUGUCUGGCCAGCUACGGAGGAGUCACAUGUGAGAAAGACACUCAGGGCUGUGAGCACACCUGGAAGAAGUUCCACGGGCACUGCUACAGGUACUUCACCCACCGCCACACCUGGGAGGACGCCGAGAAGGACUGCCGGGAGCACGGAGGUCACCUGGCCAGCGUCCACUCCGCCAUGGAGCAGGACUUCCUCAACGGUCUGGGUCACGAGAACACCUGGAUCGGACUGAAUGACCGCACAGUAGAGGAAGACUUCCAAUGGACAGACAACCUGGAGCUGGAGUAUGAGAACUGGCGGGAGAAGCAGCCGGAUAACUUCUUUGCGGGAGGGGAGGACUGCGUGGUGAUGGUGGCUCAUGAGGGCGGGAAGUGGAACGACGUGCCCUGCAACUAUAACCUGCCCUACAUCUGCAAGAAAGCCACAGUGUUGUGUGGGCCUCCCCCCGCCGUGGACAAUGCCUUCCUCAUUGGGCGGACGCUGUCGCGCUACGACAUCCACUCCGUGGUGCGCUACCAGUGCACGGACGGCUUCCACCAGCGCCACGUCGCCACCGCCAAGUGCCGCGCCAACGGGAAGUGGGACACGCCCAAGAUUGUCUGCACAAAGUCUAGGAGACCCCACCAUUAUCGGCGUCACCACCACAGGUCCCGACGAGAGAGGAGGAAGCACAAGAGACAUGGAGCAGGAAGCCACCGGGGCGGAGCCGAGGGCCACAACCACCCAUAAGGCAACGGCCGCUGCUAACUCUCCACAGUCACCAUCUCCACCACCCUCCUCUCCCCCC